AUGAUCGAUCAAAAAAUCAAAAAUAUCUUGGCCAAUCUGAAUCAAAUGUAUUUAUAAACAUAAAAAGAAACUUAAUAAUUUCAAGCAUUCUAUUUUGUAAAAUAUUAACCUUAACUUAUUUAAUUUAAUUAAUAUUUGAUAAUAGAUAAUCAUUCAUAAAUUCAUUGGAUUGAAAUAGGUUCUAUAUAGAUAGUUGUAUUAAGAAUUAUAUUAAGCUCUAAAUAUUAUAUUUUAGGAGUACAUCUUAUUAAUAAUUUAAUAAUUGAAUAAAUUCUUAUUGAAGAUUAAAUAUCAAUUUUAAAUAAGAUUGAUUUGAAUGAUUAUGAAAUCAUAAGACCAUUAGAAUACUAAAUUAAUUAUUAUUAUAAUUAUUUAGCUAUUGCAACUAAAAAAUUAACAAAAACAUAUAUUUUGUUAUUUGCUGUUUCAAUUAAAUUUCCUCUAAAAUAAUACAAAAUUAUUGAAAUAGGAAGAGUUUAAUUUUUUUUCGUUUAAGAAUUUCUAUUUUAUUAUGAUUAAGAUGACAACAUUUAUAAAUACAAUACAAAAGAUUUUGAAAUUUAAAUAGAUAAUCUAUUGCUAGAGUAGAAUGAUCUUACUAACAUAAAAUAGAUUUAAUUUUAAAUAAUACCUAUAAAUUCUAAUGAUUCUAUAAUGAAUGUAGAAAUCUCUAUAAAGAGCUAUAAUGAAUGCUUUAAAUUAUUAAAAAAAUAGAAUGAUGUUCUACUAAAAUUUAUAUCAUAGAAAGAAUUAAAAUUUAAUAUAAAUGAUUAUAUUUAUGGUCCAAUUAAUAAUGUCUAAAUCAUAAAUAAUAAUCAUAUAAAAAUAUAAGGACCUAUGUUACUAUAUGAAAUAAUUAAUAAUUAAGAAAUUUUAAAAGAUGCUAAAUUAUAGACUAUUAAUCUAGGAUCAUAAUUUCCUGGUGUAUAAAAUAUUAUAAAUAUUAUACUAUUUAAAUAUAAGAGCAAUUUAAUUAUAUUAUUUGAUAAAUCAAUUUAAAGUUAAAUAAAAAAUAAAGCACAUUUAUAAAAUAUCAUUCAAUUCAAUGACAAAUCUUUAUUAGUUUUAUUUCUUAAUAAAAAUAGAAAUGAAAUAAGAGGAUCCAUACAUAUGAUUAAUGAAACUACUUUAUAAUUAGAAUCUGAACCUAUAUUCGAAAUAAUUAUUAAUUUUCCUUUACAUUUUAAUUGUCAAAGCUUUAAAACUGGAAAUUUAAUCAUAAUUAAAGCUUAAAAUACAAUAGAUAUAUAUUAAAUAAUUGGAUACAGUAUAUAAUAGAUUUAAAAUCAUUUGAAUAUUCUAGAAAUAUUGAAGAUUAAAGGUAAUAAUGAAUUGUAUAUAUCUCUAUCUUUAAAUACAAAGAAUAAUCAAUAAAUAUUACUAUUUCAAAUUCUAUCUCUAGAUUAGUUAGAAUUUCAAGUAAAAGGAACUGCAUCACUUACUUGGAAUUCUAUGGAUAUUGUUCUUAAAAAUUAAAUAUAUUUACAUCCAAACUAAAAAUUAAAUUAUGAUUACUAACUAAUUUUUUUAGAAUGUAGUAUUGCUGAUGAAAAAUUAUAAAUAACAAUUCUUCAAGCUUUUUAAGAAUAUUUAGUAAUAUGUGAAAUUAUAAUAUUUAUGGAAGACUUUAAAAUCUCUUAUAGACCAAUAAAAAUUUUAAGAAAUCCUGAAAAUCUAAAUUAAGAUUUGGAAUACGAAUAUUUUAAUUAAAAUAAUUUAAUCUUAAAGUAAUUUAAUUUAAUUUACUUUUAUGAUUUAUUAGAAUAAUCAAAUCUUUAUCAUUAUAUUGGAAAACAAUUUUUAGAAAGAUAAUACCUUUUUCAUCAAUUUAAUACUACUCAUUUUAUUGUUUAUGAUUGUAUACAAUAAAAGAUGUUUUUUGCAAAUAUUGGUUAUCUAAUUAAAAUUAAUGAUGAAGUUUUAGAAAAUUAAGUUUUCACAUUAAUUGCUGAAAAUAAAGUAUCAUCAAUAUAAUUAUAAAUAUCUCUUGAAGUAUUUAACGAUCAGAUAUAGAACUAAAAUUUUAUAACUAAAUUCUUUUUAUUCUUUGUUUACUAUUAAUUUUGUAUUUUCUUCUAAGAAGAAUGA